UCAGGCUCCACCCAACUUGCCCGGCAUCACUCGCGCAGGUGGAGUCAAGAUGGAGGAGUACGCGCGAGAACCUUGCCCUUGGCGAAUUGUCGAUGAUUGUGGUGGGGCCUUUACGAUGGGUACCAUAGGUGGUGGUAUCUUUCAAGCAAUAAAAGGUUUUCGCAAUUCUCCAGUGGGAGUAAACCACAGACUACGAGGGAGUCUGACAGCUAUUAAAACCAGGGCUCCACAGUUGGGAGGUAGCUUUGCAGUUUGGGGAGGUUUAUUUUCCAUGAUUGACUGCAGUAUGGUUCAAGUCAGAGGGAAAGAAGAUCCCUGGAACUCCAUCACAAGUGGUGCCUUAACAGGAGCCAUACUGGCAGCAAGAAAUGGACCAGUGGCCAUGGUUGGGUCAGCCGCGAUGGGUGGCAUUCUCCUAGCUUUAAUUGAAGGAGCUGGUAUCUUGUUGACAAGAUUCGCCUCUGCACAAUUUCCCAAUGGUCCUCAGUUUGCUGAAGACCCUUCUCAGUUGCCUUCAGCCCAGUUACCAUCCUCACCUUUUGGAGACUAUCGACAAUAUCAAUAGGACUUCUUUCCCAGGAUUUCUUUAACAGAAUGAGCUGUAGUUCAAGAAAGAAUCUCAGAAGAUAAGUUACAGUCUGUUUUUAAAACCAUAGGUGGGACAGCUAUGGCCAAAUAGGCUUUGAAAGAGACACCUUAGCUCUUUUUUCUAUUUAAGGGAACAUGGGGGGGCAGAUGUUAAAUGUAAUACAUUUAUUUAUUCACAAUUGGAUUGCAUUUGUGAUAAAAAUAAAUGUCUAAUAUCUUUAAAAGAAAAUAUAAUAAAUGCUUAGAAGGUGAAGGACCAAAGGGCAAAAAACAAUGAGGCGUGACCAUCAUUUCCUUGGGGACUUCUCUGCCUGGUUUUGUGUUCUGUCAGCCAAACAAUAAAAAACCCCUGGAACUUG